AUGAGGAAGCCUCUGGUGUGCUGAAGGACAUCUGGAUUCUGCAGAUUUACUGUACAAGUAGCAUUCUCAGCAUGUGCUAAGCCCAACAGUAUAGCGUAACGAGAGAGAGCACAUGAGCAUCGAAGCAGAGAGAACGGCCAUGGCCUCCGACGUGCAGCACCAUCAGAUCGUCUGUGCCCGCCAGCGCUCUCAGCGCUUGUGGAAGAAACUCAGGCCAGCACGGGUGCUCGGCCUCCUCAUCAGUAUUUUAGCAAUAAGUGCAGUGGCCUUCUCGUGGCGCUCUACUGCUCAGUGGGAGGGGCUACACAGCCACGCCCCACACAGGACACUGCUGUCCACACACCUGGGUUACCACAGUAACCUCUCGGAGGACACACCCAUAGCCAUGCGCUCGACCGUGGAGUCAAACGAGAGUCAGGGGGGCUAUCCGACUGACCUGUUCAGCCUGGAGGACCGUCGGCACGGUGCUGUUGUGUUACACAUGUUCGGCAUGAUCUACAUGUUCAUUGCUCUCGCUAUUGUUUGCGAUGAGUUUUUUGUCCCCGCGCUCACGGUCAUCACAGAGAAACUCAAGAUCUCUGAUGACGUGGCAGGCGCCACCUUUAUGGCGGCCGGGGGCUCGGCUCCUGAGCUCUUCACCUCCGUCAUCGGCGUAUUCAUUUCCCAUAGUAACGUGGGCAUCGGAACCAUCGUCGGCUCUGCUGUGUUCAACAUCUUGUUUGUCAUCGGAAUGUGUGCCGUGUUCUCGAAAGAGAUCCUGAACCUGACGUGGUGGCCUCUGUUCAGGGACGUCUUCUUCUACAUCGUCGGCCUUGUCAUGCUCAUAAUUUUCUUCCUGGAUAACUACAUCAUGUACUGGGAGAGUAUCAGUCUGCUGCUUGCCUAUGCCACCUAUGUGCUCUUCAUGAAGUUUAAUGGGAAUGUAGAGACUCUCGUCAAGGGCAUCAUUAACAGAAACCAGGUGGUGGAAGUGGAGGCCCAGCCAAAGUUGAGCCCUAGUGGAGUGGAGGAUGACAGCAAGCUGUCGGCCAAACCCCGGCUGCAGAGAGGAGGAAGCUCCGCUUCUUUACACAACAGCCUAAUGAGGAACAGCAUCUUUCAUCUGAUGAUCCACACACUCGACCCUCUCAGUGAAGAAUUCGCUGACUCUGAGCUGGGGACUUAUGGCAAGCUAAAAUAUUAUCACUCAAUGACCGAGGAAGGAAAAUUCCGCGAGAAGGCGUCCAUCCUUCACAAAAUUGCCAAAAAGAAAUGCCAGGUGGAGGACUCAAAUGGAGCUGCUGAAAAGAAUCUGCCAAACAGCUCGAGUGUCGAGGUGGACGUGACUCCACCGAUGAAUGGCACCGCUGGACAGGACGGAGAUACGGGUGAAGAGGAUGAUGAGGAAGAUCAGCCUCUGAGCCUGUCGUGGCCCGAGUCCAAACGCAAGCGCCUCACGUAUCUCUUGAUCCUGCCCAUAGUCUUCCCUCUGUGGAUGACACUGCCGGACGUCCGGAAGGCCAGUUCCAAGAAGUUUUUUCCCAUUACGUUCCUGGGAGCGAUUUGCUGGAUCGCGGGAUUCUCCUACCUGAUGGUGUGGUGGGCUCAUCAGGUGGGAGAGACUAUAGGAAUCACAGAGGAGAUCAUGGGACUGACGAUUCUAGCGGCGGGAACCUCCAUCCCUGAUCUGAUCACCAGUGUCAUUGUGGCCCGGAGGGGUCUGGGAGACAUGGCAGUGUCCAGCUCCGUGGGCUCCAACAUAUUCGACAUUACUGUGGGGUUACCGCUCCCAUGGCUGCUGUACUCCAUUAUUAACAGUAUGAGCCCGGUUCAGGUGAGUAGCAACGGUCUGUUCUGCGCCAUACAGUAG